AUGAGCAAUUUCUUAAUUGAAGCCCCCCGUUUGACGACCGAAGACUUGGACAAGACCUACUGUGACCAGGACGCAGAAAUUUUGGAGGAAUUCGAGAACGAAUGGAUUCAGUUUCUGCGCAAGAAUCCCGAAAAGUUGCGGGGCCGACAAGAAAAGAAGAUCAACAAGCUACGCAAAAAGAAAGAGGAAAUCUUGGACAAGCAAAAGAAGGUCGAAGAGGAAUUGAAACUUCAACUGGAAUUCUUUGACGAGUCUCGCCAGGAACUGGAGGAGAACUUUCAACGUACCAUGAAGGAAGAGCAAGAGAACCAAAAGGAGAUGAGAGAUGUUUUGGACGGAGAAGUACACACGGCUGCUGUUGCGGCUCACAACUUUACUCUGACUCUUCCAUGGGAGAAAUUCUUUUACAAUCUGGAACGUCUUGCUUCCAGAGAAGGUAUUCCGCCUGUGCCGUCCGGCCUGACCACAGAUUCGGGCCGACAGGCAUUGGUACCUUCUACAAAAGCACAGUUGUUGCUAAAGAAGGAGGACGAUGAUACUAAACCUGAUCUUCAUUUUGCCUUGCAUGCCUACCAGAUGGACGAAGCCUUGAUGAAGGCGCAAAGCAAAAUGUACGAACUCGAAAUCGAACGAUACCAAAAGACCAUUGAGAACUUGGAGGUGACAAGCAAAUUCCUCCAUGAACACAAUGUUUGGACCAUCUUGAAGAAGGGCGACGAUGAUACUACUGUUGCUAGCAAAGCACCAAGUACAGUGACACGAGUUGGAUACUAG